CUCUUGGAUUACAGAACUAGAAGAACUUAACUGCGAUUGAGGAUCUUCGUGCCAUGGUGGUACUUUAAUUCUGUCGUUUUCUAUCGCUCUCUCAUACUUCCUUUUUCUCCCAUGUUGAAUUAAUCAUGAGCAAUGCAUCGCUGCCGCCCAAUGCCCCCAUGAUGAACGGUUCCCUCACCUCUAGCCAUGGAGAAGCCGAUGCCUCGUCGAGUCUAGAACACAUUUGCGCACGGCUUCAUUCUCAAGUCGAUUCAUUUCUCGCUGCACCUCCCUCUGACGAUGUUACAAAACGCACACAAGAGCAGACAAAGAUUACACUGGGCGUGAUAGAAAAAGCCCUGGAAGACUAUGAUAGAUUUGAAUCGUUGUCACUUUCCUACAAUGGAGGAAAAGACUGUUUGGUGCUUUUAAUACUAUACCUCGCCGUCCUUCACAGGCACUUUACACGUCUGAAGAGCAAAAGUUCACCGUCAAUCAGCUUUCCUACCUCUAUCCCAUCUAUAUACGCCAAACCUCCCGAUCCAUUCCCCGCCGUAUCCGAUUUCGUUGAAUACUCCUCCCGCUUGUAUCACCUUGAUCUAACGCACAUAUCGACAAAUCCCGGUCCAUCCAAGAAAGAGCGCUCUCACUCGAACCCGACCAUCACGAAGUCUUUUCCACGAGUUCAGCGGGACAGCAGCACGGAUAUACCACCUGAACCUAUAGUGUCAUUCCGAGACGCUUUUGCUCUAUAUCUGUCUUCCCACCCAUCGGUGAAGGCCAUAUUUGUGGGCACGCGUCGAACAGAUCCUCAUGGGGCGCACCUCACACAUUUCGAUCCUACCGACCACAAUUGGCCGGCGUUUAUGCGCAUUCACCCGGUAAUAGACUGGCAUUUAUCGGAAAUCUGGUGUUUCUUACGCUCGCCACAUUUAAAGGACCUAGAAUCCGGCGGGCCUCUCAGAUAUUGUUCCAUGUAUGACGAGGGGUACACAAGUCUCGGCGGCAUCAAUGAUACGGUCAAGAACCCGAAGUUGAAGAGUCGUGAUGGAGAUGGUAAGGAGUAUUAUCGGCCAGCAUUUGAAAUGACGCAAGACGACGGUGAGAGGCUAGGAAGGGAAUGAACGCGGCCAGAACGACGAGAAUGGGCAGCGAAGGAUAACCAUGCCCAGAACUACGCUCGGUAUUAAAACAAAGCGGGUUGUCGAAAAAAGAUCAUUUUUGAGACGCAUUGUUGCGGCCAGAGUUCAUGGUGGGAUCAGUGUUCGGUAAAGAGAUUGGAACUGCAUCAACUUGAGAGCGACAGUCCGGGGAUUUAGCAUAGACGGUAGUGGUGGGUAUUGUUUGUGGACGAGCAAGGAUGGGGUGAUCUUGGUGGAUGAGCUUGGGUGCCGGGUAGUGUAUGAGUGGGAUCGACCCGACAACAACGACAGUCAUGAUAUCAAAUACAAAUAUAACAUCUCAUCCGUCUUCUGGCUCAUCUUGUCCAGCCAGAGAUAUCCGAAAUAUCUGAGACUUGUGUAACGCAAGCCCUGAACAUGUAUGAUCCCUCGGCGACCUGCCACGUUGUGUCUUCGGUACGUCAACAAGCGUCUGCAGAGGAAGGUCAGCCUUCGAGAGCGAUGAA